GCUGGGCUGCGAGACGCGAGGCGGUGCGGCGCGGGUCGGGAGCGGAGAGGCGGUCGGAGAUGUGGCGACCGAAAAGUGACCUACCCAGGCCACUCCUCCCGCCCAGGCGUCCACCUUCGAGGUUGGCGUCUGCUGUCUGAUUCCAUGGCUGGGCACUGUCACCACUUCCUUCUGAGAUGAGAACUGCUUUCCUCUGGCCACUGAGACUGAGGGGACGUUCAGAGAUGGGUGUGUUUGAUGACCUGUCAGCACCCGAGCUAUAAGCCCCAAGAGCUCAUCUCCUGGAGUUCAUCAACUGGAGUUGUGAUUCCCAGUGUUGGAGGAGGGGCCUGUGGAGGCCAUGGGAUCAUGAGGGCAGAGUUCCCCCUUGCCGAUCUUGUGACAUUGCAGCUUUGCCACUUCCACUAUGCUCUGCUGCACAGCAGGCAGAAGCCCUGGCCGUCCCCUGCUGUGUUCUUCAGGAGAAACUUCAGGGUCCUUCCUCCAAGGUUCUCGAGCCCCGCACCCCUGUGGAGAAAGGUGCUGUCCACCACGGUAGUAGGGGUGCCCCUGCUCCUCGGAGCCCGCUAUGUCAUGGCAGAGGCACGGGAGAAGAGGAGGAUGAGGCUUGUGGUAGAUGGCAUGGGGCGUUUUGGCAGCCAGCCUUGGAACCCCGUCUCUCCAGGAGACCACCACCCACACCACCCUACUGCGUCUCUCCUGGGCACGGGUGAUGUGGACACAGGCUGCCCAUUCUGCAGAUCACUUUCAGACGGAGUCUCACUUUGUCACCCAGGCUGGGGUGCAGCUGGUGCGAUCUCAGCUCACUGCAGCCUCUGCCUCCUAAGGAGGUGGGGCCACAGGUCUCUGAAGGUGGGCCUGCAGAUCUCCCUGGACUACUGGUGGUGCACCAAUGUUGUCCUUCGAGGGGUGGAAGAGAACAGCCCGGGCUACUUGGAGGUGAUGUCUGCGUGUCACCAGCGGGCGGCGGAUGCCCUGGUGGCAGGAGCCAUCAGCAAUGGGGGCCUCUACGUGAAGCUGGGCCAGGGGCUGUGCUCCUUUAACCAUCUGCUGCCUCCUGAGUACAUCCGGACCCUGCGUGUGCUGGAGGACAGGGCCCUCAAGCAGGGUUUCCAGGAGGUGGACGAGUUGUUCCUUGAGGACUUCCAGGCCCUGCCCCAUGAGCUCUUCCAGGAGUUUGACUACCAGCCAAUUGCUGCCGCCAGCCUGGCACAGGUGCACAGAGCCAAGCUGCAUGAUGGCACCAGCGUGGCUGUGAAGGUGCAGUACAUUGACCUGCGGGACCGCUUUGACGGGGACAUUCCCACCCUGGAGCUCCUGCUGCAGCUCAUUGAGGUCAUGCACCCCAGCUUUGGCUUCAGCUGGGUCCUCCAGGACCUGAAAGGGACCCUGGCCCAGGAGCUGGACUUUGAGAAUGAGGGCCGCAACGCAGAGCGCUGUGCACGCGAGCUGGCACACUUCCCCUACAUCGUGGUGCCCCGCGUGCACUGGGACAAGUCCAGCAAGCGCGUGCUCACCGCCGACUUCUGCGCCGGCUGCAAGGUCAACGAUGUGGAGGCCAUUAGGAGCCAGGGGCUGGCAGUGCACGAUAUAGCAGAGAAGCUCAUCAAGGCCUUUGCUGAGCAGAUAUUUUACACAGGCUUCAUCCACUCUGACCCACACCCUGGCAACGUUUUGGUGCGGAAAGGCCCCGACGGGAAGGCGGAACUGGUGCUGCUGGACCACGGGCUCUACCAGUUCCUGGAGGAGAAGGACCGCGCAGCCCUGUGCCAGCUGUGGCGGGCCAUCAUCUUGCGGGACGACGCCGCCAUGAAGGUGCAUGCAGCUGCGCUCGGGGUGCAAGACUACCUGCUCUUCUCCGAGAUGCUCAUGCAGCGGCCUGUGCGCCUGGGGCAGCUGUGGGGCUCACGCCUGCUGAGCCGCGAAGAGGCGGCCUACAUGGUGGACAUGGCUCGCGAGCGCUUUGAGGCCAUCAUGGCGGUGCUCAAGGCGCUGCCGCGGCCCAUGCUGCUGGUGCUGCGCAACAUCAACACUGUGCGCGCUGUCAACGUGGCCCUUGGCACCCCGGUGGACCGCUACUUCCUCAUGGCCAAGAGGGCCGUCCAGGGCUGGAGCCGCCUGGCGGGUGCUGCAUACCAGGGUGUCUACGGCACCAGCCUCCUGCGCCAUGCCAAGGUCGUCUGGGAGAUGCUCAAGUUUGAAGUGGCCCUCAGGCUGCAGACCUUGGCCAUGCGGCUGACCGCCCUCCUGGCACGUGCUCUGGUUCACCUGAGGCUUGUGCCCCCAGCGGAGGAGCUCUACCAGUACCUGGAGACCUAGUGUGCCUGGCCUGACAACCAUGCUCGGGUUCAGCAGGGCCCUUUAUGCCUUGGGCAGACGGAGGUGGCGGGGCUGCAGGUGGGGGCACCCCAAGCCCUUUGGGCACUUGCGCUGUUCGGCUCAAGUCCUGAAGGCCGUGUAAUGACCACGCACUCAUCUCAAACAAAAA